AUGCCCAUUAAAAGUAUCUCUGGUUGGAACAGCUCAAGAACUACCUAAUGAAAUUAAGAAUACUGAAAAUGCGAUCAUUGAAACAAUCGUAUCUGACUACACUAGCCAUAAUUACAACUUUAAUGUCAAAGUUGUAUUCCCAUUUAUGAAUUCACGAUUUGCACAACUUAAAAAUAUUAUUCAACCAAAAGAAUCAUUUAUUUUCAUUAUUGGACAAAUGGAAAUUAUCGAUAACAAUCUGUACAUAAACACAAAGAAUAUCUCCUGUAUUAAUACAAAUUCUAACAAAAAAGAUUCUAAUUUUUACAAUCAACAAGCCUCAGUAUCUGUUAAAUCACAUUCAAAACUUUUAUCAAUACACAAAAGUAUUGCUGAAACCUCUGGAGAAUCAUCUCAGAAAACCUUAAAAUUAUUGAUCCCCAAUGAAUCUGUAGAUGAAAUUCUUUCUGACUCUUAUUGGCAGACUCUCGCCCAUUAA